CCGUCCCCGUCCCCGUCCCCGUCCCGGCGCCGCCCGGAGGGGACCGCGGAAGCUCCGCCCUCGCCGGCGGCCCGGGCGGAAGGGGGGUGGCCGGAGGGGAAGCGACAGGGGACGCGGGAGCGCGCGGGCGGCCAGGGCUGUCAGGCCCUCGAGUGUGCUCAGAUGGAUGGGACAGAGACCCGACGGCGGAGGCCGGACAGCUAUGGCAAACGGGGGGAACUGGGGCUACCACGACGUCCCCUGGGCACGGCGGGACUCCCUGCAGCCUCAGAGGGCGGAUCUCCGAGGGUCCCCGAGAGCCAAACGGUGGCCCCCAGCCCACUGGAGACCGAGCCCAGCAAGGAGACCGCCGUGUCCAUCGGCCUCCAGGUGGCUGUACCCUUCCUGCUGGCAGGCCUGGGGCUGUCCUGGGCGGGCGUGCUUUUGAACUACUUCCAGCACUGGCCCGCGUUUCUGGGAGUUAAAGACCUGUUGACGCUGGUGCCACCCCUGGUGGGCCUGAAGGGGAACCUGGAGAUGACGCUGGCAUCGAGGCUGUCCACUGCUGCCAACACGGGACAGAUCGAUGACCCCCGGGAGCAGCACGGUGUCAUCACCAGCAACCUCGCCCUGACCCAGGUGCAGGCCACCGUCGUGGGGCUCCUGGCUGCGGUGGCAGCCCUGCUGCUGGGGGCCGUGUCCCGGGAGGAGCUGGACCUGGCCAAGGUGGAGCUGCUGUGUGCCAGUAGCAUGGUGACAGCGUUCCUCGCGGCCUUCGCCCUGGGAGUAUUGAUGGUCUGUAUCGUGACCGGCGCCCGAAAGCUCGGGGUCAACCCGGACAACGUCGCCACCCCCGUGGCAGCCAGCCUCGGGGACCUCAUCACGCUGUCCAUCCUGGCUUUGGUCAGCGACUUCUUCUACGGACGCCGAGACAGCCGGUUUCUCAUGCCCGUGGCCUGCCUCGGCCUCAUGGCCCUGACCCCGCUGUGGCUCCUGGUCGCCAAGCAGAGCCCGCCGGUCGUGAAGGUGCUGAAGUUCGGCUGGGUCCCCAUCGUCCUUGCCAUGGUCGCCAGCAGUUUUGGAGGCUUGAUCCUGAGCAAAACCAUCUCUAAACAGCAGUACGGAGGCAUGGCCAUAUUCACCCCCAUCAUAUGCGGUGUCGGUGGCAAUCUGGUGGCCAUUCAGACCAGUCGCAUCUCCACCUACCUGCACAUUUGGAGCACGCCUGGGGUCCUGCCGUCCGGGAUGCAAAAAUUCUGGCCAAACCCUUGCUCCACGUUCUGUACGUCAGAAACCAACUCCAUGUCCGCUCGAGUCCUGCUCUUUCUGGUCGUGCCAGGCCACCUGGUUUUCUUCUACGUCAUCUCCCUGCUGGAAGGCCCGUCGGUCCCCGACAGCGGGACUUUCGUGGUGCUCUACCUGCUGGCAGGGCUGCUGCAGGUGACAAUCCUGCUGUACCUGGCGGAAGUGCUGGUCCGGGUGACGUGGCACCAUUCGCUGGACCCCGACAGCCACUGCAUCCCCUACCUCACGGGGCUCGGGGACCUGCUGGGGACCGGCCUCCUGGCCCUGUGCUUCCUCGUCGACCGGCUGCUCCGAGGCACACUCGGGCCGGACGGGGUCCCCGAACUGGCACCCGGACCCCCCUGACCGGGCUCCGGUGGCCCCAGUGGCUCCGCAGAACCUGCCCUCACGACAGCGGGACACGGAGUGAGCGCAGCUUCGCCCUCGCCGGGUCUUCGCCGCGUGGUCGAGCCCUGGCUUCUGCAGCUGCCUUUUGUCAUUGUCAUCCUGCCGAGGGGACAAUGCUGUGGUCGGUACCCCGGGCCGUGACGGAGCCCUGAGAUCGGUGGCAUGUCAUCGGAGUGUGUCCGUGUGACUAUGUGUCUGUGUGCUUGGAGUGCGUGUGCGGAGUGGGGGUCCAGCCCGAGACACCAGGGGGACAUGUGUCCCUGUGCCCGGCAAGGUGUUCGGUCCUGUCCCUGCCGUGUGGCCCAGGUCGGGGUGGAUCUCUUUUUUGUCCUCGAGCCUCAGGGCUCGCGAGCUGUGGCUCAACUUCCAUCUUCAGCAGGGCCAAGGUCUGGGGGUCCCUCUGCGGCUGCGCCCUGAGACCGUGCGGCCCCCCCAGGACGGGGCCUCCUCGCACCCCCCUUCCUCUGCUCCCAGCACUUCAUCUUGUCACCUGCUUUGUUUUGAGUUUCCUCUUUCUUUGUCAGCAAAAAACCUUUGUUUGGACUUCAUGGAUCAGAGAAGCAGAAAAUAAAACAUUGAUCACAUUGUA